AUGUCGAUUGGUACCUCUAAGCCCGAGGCCCGAACAUCAGGGAAAUUGCAAAACUCCACAGCAGGAGCAGGACAGCUGUUCAUGCCUCGGAUUGAGCCUGACAACUUAGUAGAAGUAUUCAACUCCGAUAGGACGACAGAACAGAGACUCUCAAAUCUGCGCAAUGAGCAGGCGUCAGCAGUCGCAGCGAAAGAUGAAGUCCAGGAAGCUUCGCAAUUCUCGAGACGAGACCCCAAGCUGGAUCGGAAUCCAGAAUUCCAUCCCUAUCAUAGUGAUAUUAUUAGACUUUACCCAAUGAAUGAGUCUGCGAUAGUGGCUUUCCACUUCUUGCUUGAAUCUCACGAUAAGGGCGAAUUAUGUCAACAUCAUGCCUCUUAUGUCGUCAAGACAGGCACAACGAACGUCAAGUUGUCCAAUGAUGUACGUCGACUUCGAAACUUUCGAGGGAAACAAAACGAAAAUAUCAAGACAGGAUAUUACCGCAUUUUGUUUGACAGCCCCAACGUUCUCGCGAAACCAGCAUGGGUCCUAGGACCAGGAAACAAUGAUGUCCAAGAUGAAGCUCGCGGUGUCGACAUGUUGCUAGCAGCGCCUUCUUUGCCAAUGGACCCGCAUCCACUCCAAGCUAUCCUUGGCAUCCACCCGAAGUCGGGGGCUUGGAUGAUUGAAGGUGAUAGCUUUACGAAGUGUGAUUUCACGACACUCAGGAAAGGUAAAUUGCAGGCUCUCGACCGUCCAAGAAUUCGACUUCAGCUAGAUCAUAUGCAAUACUGUCUAGAGUUCCAGAUUGCCAACACUACCGACGAACAGACAUACAUGAGGACGCGGAACCAAAUCUUCAACCAUGAACAACCGCCACCCCGGACUAGGAUAUCUGGCAUUCCUUUCUUGUCCGAUAUUCACCUGGAAAGAGCGAUAUUCAGGAAUCAUGUCGGCGAGGGUUAUCGAGAUCGUCAAACCUGGUUCGAAGGUUACGAUCCGAGGAGCGGCUGCCCGAGAUUAAUUAAAAAAUGGGCCAUAAGCAAAGAGUCUCAGUCUGAGGUAACGGAGCGAAUAGAAACCAUACAAAAUUUGAGCAAGACCUGUCGGGUGUUCCAAUCCGGGAACUCGUACAUUGGCCAGGGCGGAAGCGAUAUCCGCGGAGCAGAGACUCCCUUCGAUUGUUAUGUUGUUUUAGAGAAAGGUGUUCUUCUCGCUGAUUAUAGGUGGUCUGACUCAGGAUCCCAGCUUACCACCGCAAGGAAAUCAGUGAUCUACCAAUUGCUGAUCGGUCUCGCCAAAAUGCAUGCUCUGGGAAUCCACCACCGCGCGAUAUUGCCGUCAACAAUUCAGCUGCUUUUUUCACGCUCGAAGCCAUCGCGAGCUGUAUUUUUUGACUUAGACUCUAUAUCGACAAAGUCUGAUGGCCAUUCUAUUCAGGAACCCCAGCUAGUCGAACAAUAUCCUGCAGAAGUACCUGAUGAAGGGACAAUCGUGUACACUGAGAAGAUGGAUAUAUACAUGUUGGCCCUGACACUCGCCCAGUCAUGGUAUCCGUCGUACUUCGUUGACAAGCACACUCGGAAUAAUGGUCACCACGUUAUGAUCAUUUUGUCCUUGACGACAAGUCAAGACCCACUGUGCCAUUUGCUGGCGAGAAUGCUAGCACUCGUUCCAGAUAGCCGACCUUCAGCUUCAGAGGCACUGCAGGACGGUGCACUUUCACCAGGUCAAGUCGAGGAAGGGGGGCGAAAGCGCGGGGCCGUUUCGUCUGAGAUGAACGACCAAGUUGACAAACGACAGAGGAAGACCGUUGUCAUUCUUGACUCCCAGUGA